AUAAUAAACAGGAUGUAGUGGGACACUUUUUCUAACUUAGCGCAUUGUGGUUUCCGUAGAUUCACGUCGCCAUGGCAAGCCGAAAAACUUCGCACCCAAACCGGAUUAGUGAGGACAAAUACUCGAUUCUAUUACCUACCUAUAACGAAAGGGAAAACCUACCUUUGAUAGUGUGGCUUUUGGUGAAAUAUUUUGGUGAAAGUGGCUAUAUUUACGAGGUAAUUAUCAUUGACGACGGAAGCCCAGACGGGACCCUGGAGGUGGCAGAGCAGUUGCAGAAAAUCUAUGGAGAGGACAAGAUACUUCUUCGACCAAGAGCAAAAAAAUUAGGACUUGGCACUGCGUACAUCCACGGCAUCAAGCAUGCUACUGGGAACUUCAUAAUCAUAAUGGACGCAGAUCUUUCCCAUCAUCCCAAAUUCAUCCCGGAAUUUAUUGAAAAGCAGAAGGAAGGUGAUUACGACCUGGUGUCUGGUACUCGAUACCGAGGGAACGGAGGCGUGUACGGCUGGGACCUGCGCAGGAAACUGAUCAGUCGGGGAGCCAACUUUUUGACUCAGGUGUUGUUGAGACCUGGUGCUUCAGACCUCACAGGCAGCUUCAGGUUGUAUAAGAAGGAGGUGUUGGAGAGUCUGGUUGAGCGGUGCGUGUCCAAAGGGUAUGUCUUUCAAAUGGAGAUGAUCGUCCGCGCCAGACAGCUCAACUACACAAUUGGAGAAGUACCCAUUUCCUUUGUAGAUCGAGUUUAUGGAGAGUCCAAACUCGGAGGGAACGAGAUUGUGUCGUUUGUGAAAGGACUGAUCACACUCUUCGCCACGACAUGAUCAGUGAUGUCAUCAUGUUGGACAUCCCACAGUCAAAUAGGGUUCAUUUCGCUCUUGAAGUCGCUGUCUUUGAUUGGUGGAAUCCUAAUUGGGGGGGGGGGGGGUAAUGCUCCACUUGCCCAGGUCUUGACAGUGACAUGACAGCAAAUGACAAAGGGAGACAUCUCUCUCCCCUGUUAGCAGUAAACAUUAAAUAGUUCUCUACCAGUAGUCAUCCAGAAUACUGAAGGGACAUAGUGC